AUGGCAAAAUUCUUGAAUUUGUUGGCAAUUUUCGCCGCAGUUUUGCCCCUGACUCAAGCGCAAUCUAGCUUUGUCGAUAACUGCACUACAUUUAACUCGGCCUUAUACACGAAGGCCAACUGGGCUGCAGGUCUAGGUUCAGUGUUGUCUAGCAAUGUAAACCCAAGUGGAGGAGGCGUUCUUAACUUUGAGAUUCCUGCUGGCACCCAUAAUGGUGGUGAGAUCGUUUCCAAGGCUCAAUACUCCUAUGGACAAGUCGAAGCUCAAUUCAAAGUUCCAAAUCUACCCGGAGUUAUCUCUAGUAUUUUUAUGUAUCAGGGUACUUCGACCAGCGAUGAGAUUGACAUCGAGGUGUACUUGAAUCAGGGUAAAUGGGAGAUUGCAUUCACAAUUUAUCGCCUGGGAGUCAAGGAAUGGUAUCAUACAUACUUUCCAACCUGGGAUCCGAGUGCUGGAUACAACGAUUACAUGAUUGACUACCAAGAAGCCGCUAUCUCUUUCUACGUUAACGGCGCUUUGGAAGCACAGUUUCAUACACCUUCGCAGCAACCAACUCAUGCGAUGAACAUUCAGCUUAAUUCGUGGUUUCCUGCGUGGCUAAACGGCGCUGCGGCAUCAUCUACCCAGUUCAUGCAAGUUAACCAGAUAUCAUAUACAGAAUCCUAG